GCAAAAACCCAAGCUCACCUACCUUGCCAGGAAACCCGAAGAGUUUCCCUCUUAGUGGUGGUUCUUGGGAAGGGCUGGCAGCAAAAGAUAAGACAGGAUGGGUCUCGCCUACAACGUCUACCUGACCUCCAACAAAAUUUUCGGAUGCAAGCAGUGUAAAACGCACCUUGCGGAUUAUGACGACAUCAUCAGCCGGAAUUUCCGGGGCCAACAUGGCAAAGCGUACCUAUUUAACAACGUCGUCAAUAUCACCCAGUCCGAAGCCGUGGAGCGUAGCAUGACCACCGGGCGGCACGUUGUCCGGGACAUCAUGUGCAGACAAUGCAGAGAAACGGUAGGGUGGAAGUAUGACAAGGCGUACGAGAAUAGCGAGAAAUACAAGGAGGGGAAGUUCAUUCUGGAAGAAGAGCUCCUGUGCGUGGUAUGCUAAGGGGGAAAAGCCAAGUGUACCUUCUCUUCUGCCCAGGGCAUAGGAAGACCGGCGGAUUGGCAGGCAAGGAUCUCGUGAAGGCCUCCUCUCCCAUGUGGGCUCUCCUUGCAAGAACUAAUUCAUAUAGUAAGCAGUUUUUUUUUUUUUUUUUUUUUUUUUUUUCUCUCUUUCUCAUUAUGGCGCAAUGUGAACGGCGUUAUGAUGGAGUGUAUUAUUUUUUUGGACAAGUUUAAGCCGGGUCAAAGUCAUGCUUC